AUGUUUAAAAAAGGUGUAAAGUAUACAGCUGUAGAUAAAUCGGAUCUCCCUCAUGAGGUAGAAACGGUUGAAUUCGAGCCGAUGAGGCGAAAAAUUUGUAGCCCUGCGUGCUUAUGGUCAUCACUAUUUACCGGGGUCCUGAUAGGCACUUAUUAUAUACCAUCCGUGGGUCUAACAUUUUAUCAGAGAUGGUUGUUGCAGCGGUUCCCCUUUCCUUUGCUAACAGUCCUAGUCCAUAUGUUUGUGAAAUAUUUACUGGCAAGUAUGAUAAGAUUUAUCCUAAUAAAAAGGCAAAACAAACAAAGAACUGUAAUUGGCUGGAAGGAGUAUGUCACAGCUGUGGCCCCCACGGGGCUGUUUAGUGGGAUAGACAUUGGUUUCUCCAAUUGGGGUCUUGAACUGAUUACAGUUUCUUUGUAUACAAUGACCAAAUCAACUACCAUAGUGUUUAUAUUGUUUUUCUCAAUAUUGUUCAAACUGGAGAAGAAAUCUUGGAGCCUUGUGGGAAUAGUAUUCAUGAUAACCACUGGACUGAUUCUUUUUACUUAUAAAUCAACCCAAUUCAGUGUAUUUGGGUUCACCCUGUUAUUGUUUGCCUCAAUAUCAAGUGGGUUAAGGUGGACUUGUGUGCAGUUGCUGCUACAAAAGUCUAAAAUGGGUAUGAAUAACCCGGUUGACAUGAUUUAUCACAUGCAACCUUGGAUGAUAGCAUCAGUACUGCCUUUUGCCAUUUGGAAUGAGGGUUUUGAUGUUGUCAGGAGUUGCCAGGUUUUUGGGUUCACGAAUUCAUCGGAAUUCGCAAUUCUUGCACUAAAAGUAUUACUUGGAGCACUGAUCGCGUUUUUUAUGGAGCUUAGUGAAGUUAUGUUGGUCACCUACACUUCCAGCUUAACCCUUGCAAUUGCCGGAAUAUUCAAGGAAGUUUUCAUAUUAGGCCUAGCAGUAGAGGUAAACGGCGAUGUAAUGUCUCCGAUCAAUAUCGUAGGUCUGCUCGUGUGCUUAUGCGGCAUCUCGUUUCACGUGGUCCACAAAUUGAAGACAGCCCCAAACAAGAAUCCCGUUCGAGGAUACAACGCCGCUCACGAAAAGUACGAAUUAAGUGAUUAUUUAAUGGAAGACGAUUUGACUUGCGAUUUGAGUAGCGACGACGACAAAAGUGACACUCAGGUGUUGUUUGAUAUUUUAAACAGGGAAAAGAGGUAUAGCUCUUAGCCAACUUUCGAAACCUUCAUUUUCAAUGUGAUAGUACCCACUUUUUGCAUUUGAUUUUGAAUUUUUGCCUACAAGUGCCCACCGAGCAGUAUUGUUUUUUAUGUUUUUUUCCAUUCGCAGGAUAUAGCGCGUUGAAUUGUUUGUUCUGAAACCAACGGGUAAGUGAUUUUUUUUAAUUUGUAUUGAAUUGCUAAGAUUUUACGUUGGAUAAUAAAACGCCCGAAUUGUUUUUACCCUCAACACAUCACUAUUUAGGGGAAAUCCUUGUCUGUUCUUACGGAUAAAUGUAUUUUUUAACUUUUUUUGAAAAUUGUCUAAACAUGUAUAUAUCAUAUCGUAGUUUUUUCACAGAGUUUUGUCUUAUUUACAAAAACUGUUUUUAUGUACCGCGAAUCUGCUGAUCUAAAUCAAUUUUAUCAAGUCUUAACCCAAGAACUGUAAACAAACAAGUGCUUGGCAGGCAGAUUUCUAUUGUAAAGCUAUUGUAAACUAAUACGGAAUCUUCGAUUGGGCCGUGUUACGUCAUCAACGUUCGUCGGGAGUUGCCGAACACAGCGCUGUUUACCUUUGUUGGACGUAACCCCAAUUGCUUUGCGCACAAAUUUCUAGUCUUUUGUCGUUUGAUGUAAAAACGGCACAUAAUUAAUAUAAGCCUAGUACAUUUUGUAUUAUUUGCGUAUUAUUUGCGAAUCGGAUUUGUGAAUAUGAUAAGGAAAUUCAUAAAAAAUC